AUGGCAACUCUUUUUCCUUUCUCAGAAAUACCUAACAAAGAAUUGCUUAAAAAUUAUGAUAAUGUCACAGAAAUCAAGGGGUUCGAUUACGAAAUAUUGAAAGUAAUUGCAGAGUACUUCAAUGCUACAUUAGAAACGCAUUACAUUUAUAGGAAAGAAGAGAAUCCGUACAAAGAUCUGGAGUUCACAGAUUUCAUUAAGAACGGGAGCUUAGAUGCGUGUGCGGGCGGUCUAUACAGAAUAUAUGGAGAUAUGGUGGAAUAUUCUGGAAUAUAUGUCCGCCAAGGUGUUUUUUGGGUCUACUAUGCAGAGAGAGCUGAAAGAUCUUGGCAGAACUUAGUAAGCAAAUUGGAUGAUGUGUACUUCUUCAUUAUAUUCUAUAUCACUUAUUCAAUUGUGUGGUGUUUAAUAUCCUCAUUUGAUGGUCAGGCUGUUUCACUUAUCACUACAUUGAUACACGGAUGGGGAGCUCUUGUCGGUGCUACUUCGUUGCAGGAACCUAGAACAAGAAAACAGAAAUUCCUCAAUUUAUUAUACUUGAUCAUGUCUGUGUACUCUUCUGUUUAUGUCAGCAUACAAUUCUAUUCAUUCCUCACAGUCCGUGGUCCACCACAAAUGUUUAAAACGAACACAGCAGUGAUGGAGUCAGGGAGGACAGCGUAUUUGAAAAAUUCAUCGAAAUACUUCAUCACUGACGAGAGGUAUACGAAGUAUGCGGACCGUUCAGCAGAUUGUGUGUCUUUCUAUAAUUGUGCUGAGAAAACUUUAAUGUAUAAUGGUCUAACUCUUUUAUUGCAAGCUAACUUUUACAUCUUCCAAGCUACUUCAGCUGUUAAAGAUGAAGCUCGAGUGCUGAGAGCGACGGAGAAUAUGCUGACAGUGUAUAACGAAAUGUUGAUUAGAAAGGAUAGUCCUUUAGUGGCUAAAUUUCAGAAGGUCAUGAAGCGUUUGUUUGAAGCUGGGAUAACUGGGAGGCUGUUCACCGAAGCCAUUGGUAUAUCGGUAGUGGCUAAAGCAGAGAGUGCUAAUUCUAAUAUGAUAACUAGUAGUUACAGUUGCCAAGCUGGUUGCUCGAUCACUCUUAUGCAAUUUGCUGGAAUAUUCUAUGCUUGGAUUUUCGGCUGUGCAAUCUCCUGCCUGGUUUUUGUUAUUGAAAUAUUUUUGAGACGGGUUAAAGUUAAAGAACUGUAA